CAAAAGAGUUCCACAAUAGGCCUGGCCUACCCCUAGAGAGUAGAGAGAGUGCAGAGUGUAGACUAAAAUAGUGUGUAAAACAUGGUCUCUCACUCUCAGGCUAACUCCUGACUUUCUAUUGUGUUAGUUAGCCAAGUGUAGGUUCUGUGCUAUCAACAGAAGAACAGUAAGUGCAAGGAAUCGGCGAAAUGUUUGAAAGAGCAAUUGAAGUGCAGCUUCGUGGAAAGUCUGUACGAAUUCCUCUAUGGUUGCUCCUGGCAGCUGGAGCUGGAGUAGCCUGGUUCACUUACAAUCAGAAAGUGAAAAAAAAAUCAGCACUGAUAUCAGAUGAAAACUCUACCUCUGUGUCUUCUGUUUCAAAGACGGUGCCUGAAACAGCUAAAACUGGUUCAAAGGAUAAACAGAAGCGAAAACUCACAAUUCUCUAUGGAUCUCAGACAGGAAAAGCGAAGGGUUUUGCUGAGAAACUGGGGGCUACAGUCAAGCAGCUGGGCUACGAUGCCACAGCGAUAGAUUUGAAGAAUUAUGACCAUGAAAACUUAUUUCAGGCUCAGGCGGAGGCUGGGUCCAUUUGUAUCGUAGUGAUCUCCACGUACACAGAGGGUCAGCCACCAGAGGGGACGGCGUGGUUCUACACCUGGCUACAGGACUUAGCCGAAGACUUUCGAGUGACCAAGGCAGCUUUGAAUGGGCUCAACUUUGCUGUUGUUGGACUAGGGAACUCUUUGUACUCUGAGCACUUUAAUUCUGUUGCAAAGAAUAUCGAUACCUGGUUGCACAGCCUGUCUGCGAACAGAAUUUGGCCAAUUUGUCUGGCUGAUGAGAAUGUGAUCAACAGUAAAAACAAAGGUCUACAAGAAGAUUUUGAUGCGUGGCUUGAGUCUGGUAUGAAAAACCUGCGGCGGGCUCUGAACGGUCGAAAGGUGACAGUCAAGUCAUGCGAGGACAGCUGCACAAAACAGUGUGCCUGUAAGACGAAGCCCGACGCUGUUGAUGACGCUAGUGGGGAACACAAGCACGGCAAAUGCAGCAGUGACGAGGAAAGUGGCCAUGAGGAUUCCGAGAUGCUUGACGACUCUGAAGAGGAAGAAUCGGCUGCAGAGAUGUCCAAACCCGAAGUGGUUGACUUGGAAGAUCUCGGAAACAUCAUGAGCAGGUCUAAGGCUUCAAAACUGACCAACGGAGAUGGUGGGGAUGGCCCGCGGGAAAUGAUCACACCUCUGUUGAGACAGUCCCUAGAGAAACAAGGCUACAAGCUGAUUGGCUCCCACUCGGGUGUGAAAUUGUGUCGCUGGACGAAGUCCAUGCUAAGAGGACGAGGGGGCUGUUACAAACAUACGUUCUAUGGCAUAGAGAGCCACAGAUGUAUGGAGACCACACCAAGCUUAGCGUGUGCAAACAAGUGUGUCUUUUGCUGGAGGCACCAUACAAACCCAGUUGGGACAGAGUGGAAGUGGAAAAUGGAUGACCCCCAGACCAUAUUUGAUUCUGCUGUAAAGAAUCACGUUGGGCUGAUCAAGCAGUUCAGAGGGGUGCCGGGCGUCAAACCCGAGAAAUUUGAGGAGGCGAUGACGGUCCAGCACUGUGCCCUCUCUCUGGUCGGCGAGCCCAUCAUGUACCCGGAGAUCAACACGUUUGUGGAACUUCUGCACAGCAAGCGAAUCUCUAGCUUCCUGGUCACCAAUGCUCAAUUCCCGGAACAGAUACGGGACCUGCUGCCUGUCACUCAGCUCUACGUCAGUGUUGAUGCCGCCACAAAGGAGAGUCUGAAAAAGAUUGACAGACCGUUAUUCAAGGACUUUUGGCAAAGGUUUUUGGAUAGCUUAACAUCUCUGCGGGACAAAGGGCAGAGAACUGUGUACAGACUGACCCUGGUCAAGGCAUUUAACACGGAGGAACUGGAUAACUACGCCAAACUUGUUUCUCUUGGAAAUCCAGAUUUCAUUGAAGUCAAGGGCGUGACGUACUGCGGCGAGUCGAAAGCUUCCAGCCUCACAAUGGAGAACGUGCCGUGGCAUGAAGAGGUGGUGCGGUUCGUCACCGAGCUGGCCGACCGGUUGCCGCUGUACGAGGUCGCUUCUGAGCAUGAACAUUCCAACUGUUUGCUCAUCGCUCAUAAAAAAUUCAAGCGUGGCUCGGACUGGUGGACAUGGAUUGACUACCCACGCUUCCACGAGCUCUGGCAGAAAUACAAAGACAGCGAGGGAAAGGCGACGUUUUCCUCUGAGGACUACAUGGCCAAAACCCCCAGCUGGGCCGUUUUCGGAGCCAGUGAGCAAGGGUUUGACCCAGACGAGACGAGAUUUUACCGCAAGAAGCAAGCCAAGUCAUAAGGCAGCCACAAGCAGAAUUUGAUAUUUGUGACCCGUUGGGUCCUGAUGUAUAACAGGCCAGCCACUAUUUUUUUGUAUGUGACAUGUUAGACAUUUAAAAGAUUUAUUGAAGGUGUUUUAGUGUUUACAGUAGUCUCUGCCUAAACCCAUGCCACACAAAAGCACGCUUUGCUCAAACGCACACUUUCGUCAUCUGAUGGGUUUUUUACUACAUAAUUUAGAUGUACAAACGCACGGACACUCCCUCUAAACGUACCCUCGGAUCCGAGAAACAUGCCAACAGGUUAAGCUGAACAAAGGGUGAGACUGCCCCUCACGCCGAACAAAGUGCGAGUGAUGGACAGCGUUUUCACACCAAACUUUCCACAGACACAUAGGUCUAGGACUGGUCAGUGGAAUGUUGGGAGUUAGGGGACUGAAAUAUUAUUUGAUUAAUCACUGGAAAUGCAUCUUUAAGAAGAGAAGGUUUCUGACUGGUGUUUGGGUGACUGCAUGUAAUUUUUAGUUAGACCUAGGCCUAUGAUGCGCAACACGCGUAAAUGCUUAUCCAUGAAUUUACGGUCGGGCUGGUCGCUUGGAAAACCACGUGGCUGGGCCGUCGUCUCUAUAUCAUUACAUUGAGUCUGUAUUUCUUAAACCCCCCCCCCACAUACACACACCCAUUCAAGGCCUUUGUAUUCUUAACCGCAGUCGCCGAGUCUUUUACAAAACCGUCACAUGUCGUCCCAUUAUCGACCCAAAGUGACCCCCACCCCAAAGGGAGGUCACUAGAAUAUAAAGGCAAUGAGAUGACUGCGUCCCUUCCUCCCUUUGCAAAGGUUCAUGUAAAUGCAUGCUCCGUAUAAACACACGCUAAGGGGCCUUCCUGAGCACCGUGCGUUUAGGCGGAGACUACUGUACUUAGUUAGGUUCCUACUUAUACUUUUUCACCAGAAAAAUAGAAAUUAUGUGGGAGUGUAUGAUAUUUAAUAACAGUAAGUUGUCAAGAAAUAUAAAAGAAAAGUUCUUAUAAUUUUCAAUUUUCAUCCUUUGGACUUCAGAAAUAUUAUUUCACAGAUUCUACCGGACUUCUUAAAAUGCUGAAUGAUUUGCUUUAAUAUAUUACCAGGUAAGGUAUUUCUCCAUUAACUCACUCACCGCCAUUGCCGCACCUGUUUCGGUCAAUAGGUGAUGCCCGCUGACCACUGCUACUGUACCCCUGUCGGUCGCAUAUUUUCCUCUUUAUUUCUACUAAUUACCGACACAGAUGCUGCAACGGCAUGGCCCAGUUACUAGAGUAACAUCCCUUUGACCACUCAGAGCAGUUUCACUUUAUUAAAAUGAUUUCCCUCUAAGUUCUGCCUAUUUUUGGAAAGGGAGUUCCCUUUGUUCUAUUUCUGGGUUUUGUUUGGAAAGUCGGGGUGCUGAAGUCGAACAAACGCUAACGUGAUGCUCAUGCCGAUGUGAACUGAAAAUGGCUUGUAAUUUUAGAGAUUCCAUAUGUUUCAAUGACCUCAGAUUCAGAUGAUGAAGUGCAAAAUAACGGUAGUGAUGGUAGUUUGAGAUGAGAGAAAGAGAUAGAUCACCUGUCGGCAGUAGUAGGCUAAUACUAAUACUAGUACUAUAACUAGAGUCUAGUACGACGACUAAUGAUUCAAGCGGUGACGCUUGAAAUAGUAUAGCCGAAGUCAUAAAAAACUUAUCAAUUUAGUUUUCUUUUGUUUCUUUAUACAUUUUUGUGCAUAUUUUAGGACAGAAACAGCAACUCUCUCUCAAAAACAGCAAAAAUAUUGUACUUGCUAGUGUGGCCCCCAAAAAAGUUUUAGUCCCCAAAAUUUGUCGUUUUUUUUUUAAAAGCUAUGAAACAUGAAUAAAAUAACAUAGAGUCAAAAUUCUUUCUGUUCUGUUAAGUUCAACAUCGCCUACUGAAACUUGCCAAUUUUCAUAAAUCUAACAUAAAUAGGUUUGGAGAAACUGGAUUUUGAUAAAGGUAAAAAAAAAGCUGGCAGGCAGCGGCUUGACUUGGAGUUAAGGCGCCGGCAGCGAGUGAGUUAUAAUGGACAGGAUCAAAAGUGUUUGUUGAUAUCUUGCUCUUGCAUGAUGCAGGAACAUUUCUAGACUUGUCAGAUGUGUGAGUUAUUGUGAUUUCUAGUUGAAUAGGAAGAACUUUGUUGUGCAAACAUGUUGUUGACUUUUGACUUUCAUCAUGUUGCUCCUCUUUGGCUGAGUUUACUUGACAGAAAAGUAAGAGAAUCAUUUCUCCUUUCAUGAUUUGAACUGCCUUCUAAGUUGUAAAUGUAGUUCUUUUUCAGGCUUAAGACUGUUAUGUGGUGGUGGAAAUACUCUUUUUCUUUUUAAAUUGUUGUGCAAGAACAAUUACAGAACUGUACUCUAACUUCCCAUGACAAAACGGAGGGAAUCAGUCUUGGCUAGAGACAGUGUAGUUGUAGCGUUAUAUUUAGGAGGGGGUGGGGGGGGGGAGUGCUGUGCUCAUGAUGAUGAGUUUGAGUUUGGUGUUGGUUAGAAUUACAUUUUGGCAUGAGUGCGUGGUGUUUUGGGUGGAAUUAGACAAAGAGAGCUGUUGUGGUAGAAGAAUUGCAUAAUGUACUAACAAAUAGAGUGGAGUUCACCUAUACUGAACUUACUGGGACCAGACGUCUUUUGUUAUUUUUAAUAAUUUAUUAUUAUUACUAUUUUUUUGGAAAGAAAAAAAUUGAAUUGCGAACUGAGAUUUAUAAAUGUGCAGUUAAAGGGGGGUUUCAUUUUACUCCAGUUUUCUAUUAAGUGGACUCCACUUUGUUGUGGUGAAACUCCUUGUGUUGAAGAGAGCUGUGAGGUGAUUUUUAGCUCUGCAAUUCAGAGACUGUUGAUGUGAAGAAUAAAGCUGUUCAAAAGUAAA